AUGGCACUGCUUGUGCUAGGAAGCAACCAUGCACAUGCGAGCAGUUUCACGGCGUAUGCUGGACCCGGGUGCAGCGGCAAUUCGGAGCAGCUAAACCGGUGCGGUUGUUCAAACAUUAAUCGCCGUGGCGGCUACGUCUUCACCUACACCGGGCAGACCGCUGCGAUGUACAACCAGGCCGGCUGCACUGGGGUCGCGCACACCCGGUUUGGAUCCAGCGCCAGGGGCUGCUCCCCGUUUGGAUGGCAGAGCAUCACGUGCGAUGGUGUCACUGGUUACGUGACUAGUCUCGACCUCAGCGAGCUCCGUAUCUACGGUCGGAUUGAUUUUGUAAGCCUCUUUCGUCUUCCGAGCCUGCAGAGGCUCAACCUCGCUUACCAUUACUUUGAUUCCUCUCCAUUUGACCCAUCUGGGUUUGAACAUCUCACCAGUUUGACCCAUCUCAACCUCUCUUAUUUGCAUUUUUAUGGCCAAAUCCCGCUGGAAAUCUCCCGCAUGACCACUUUGGUGUCCCUCGAUCUAUCUUUCAAUACCUACUAUGAAUACCUGAAACUUGAAAACCCGAACAUUGGAGCAUUCGUCCAAAAUCUAUCGAGUCUGAAAGAACUCCAUCUCGAUUGGAUAAACAUCUCAGCGGAGGGUAGUGGGUGGGGCCUGGCCUUAUCCUCUGCACUCCCUCGUCUCCGCAAAUUGAGCUUGAGAGGCUGUGGUCUUUCAGGCCCCAUCCAUUCUUCCCUUUCCAGCCUCUGUUUCUUAUCUCAACUUGAUCUCCGUGGAAACGAUCUCUCUUCGGUGGUACCCAACUUGAUAGGGAACUUCUCUUCUUUAACGUCACUAGCUCUCAGUGAUUGCGGAUUGCAUGGAAAAAUUCCAGAGAGUAUUUUCAGGCUGCCAAACCUACAAACCCUCGAUGUAGGAUCCAAUCCACUUCUUACGGGUGAAAUCCCUCCAAACAAUACUCUCCGGGAGUGGUCCCUAUCCGACACUGGAUUUUGUAGCAACCUACGGGAUUCAUUCAGUAAUUCCAAACUGCUGACAAUGAUCCACCUUAGCCAUUGCAAACUAGCCGGCCAAUUUCCAUCAUGA